CCCCAACCAGCCUAACCCAGUCUCUGAGAUAGAUGCACGCACUUAUUUUGACUCUAAUGGUAUGGGACAUCGUCUGUUUUUUGUAGCAGCAGAGAUGAAAAGUUAACUUCUUCCUUUUUGUGUGGCAAACUGUACUGGAAAGACCAGAGAGAUAACGGCAGCUGUGACAGCAUCAAAGUGGAGUAACUGAGUGACAGCAAGGAAUCAGAGAGUAAGAAUGUGGACGAGGGCCUUUAUUUUUCUGAUAGGAGUUCUUUUCAUGUAUGAGGCUAUUUCAGAAGAUAUCUAUGUUUCUGAGCUGAUGGUGGAAAGCAACGUCACGCUGGAUGCUGAGACUGUCCUGUCAAGCUGGGCUACACCACAAGAUCUCAUACUGACUGUUAGUGGACAACCACAGACGGUGACGCUUGUAAGCAGAAAACUGAUCGCAGAAUGUCUGGUUAUCGGGGACGACUACAACUGCAGCUGCUCUUCGAAUUAUCAUUGGAGCAACGAAGUUUGCUACAAUUUCAAGUGCUGCAGUGAUGCUCCAUGUGCAACAAACGUGUCCUUCGUCACACCAAUCUGUGUUCCUAAAUCCAACGUUACCAUCAAUGGAUCAAUAUACACAUCAAGCAGCUGGAUUAGUUCAGACGACGAGCUCACGGUAAAGCACACCUUUGCCACUCUGAAUGGCGUGACUGUCAAUGCCACUAUAACUAGUAAAAGAACCUCUCCAGACAAUUCCUACAUCACUGAAUUUGAGGCAGCUGUCAAUGUCAGAUUAAACACCUCUAAACUUCAAGAGAUCAUUGAUAAUCUGAAGGCUACUCUGGGUGCAGGUGCCAUUUAUGUUGAUACUCGAGGAAUGGUCACUCUAUGGGGUCCUAAUGGUACUGUAAAUUAUGGGUCUGAGCAAAAACUUAAUUGCACAUUUGAAGAGGCCACAGGCAGCGCUGGCUGGAACCUGAGCACAGAGUAUCAACGCUAUGAGCUCAACAAUGGUUUGCUGGUUGCACUCGACACUAAUUGUGCCACAGAGGAAUUCGAAUCUUGUGUUGGAGUUACACUCCGUAAGGUGACGGGCAUCUGGGAAGGCACAUAUGAGUGUGGGUUUACUGUUGGGACUGUCAGACAUACAGCUCGAACUGAGCUGCAUGUGGCUCUCCUACCAGAUCAAAUCAACAUUAUCGUCAACCCUUUCACUGUGGACUGUUCUACAAAGAAUUCAGCCCCCACUGUACGUGCCACUGCACAAAUCCCAAACACCAAUCGGAUCUAUACGUAUUGGUGGACCUACAAUCAGAAAUCUAAAUUAACAGUAAACGGUACCUCUGAAUACACGGAGAUUAUUCCAGUUAAUUGCAGCAACAACCAACAACCAUACAAAGUAGGCAUCGUUUUUAAGAAUGAAGUGGGACAGGAGAAAAAUGCAAGUGUGGACAUUCCAGUGAUCUAUGCUGGUGCAAAAUUUUGUCCAGAAGAAAUUGUAGAUGGACAAAUGUGGCCAAAAACCCCAGCUGAAGCAACAGUGGUUAAUCAAUCAUGUCCAAUGGACAGAGUUGGGUAUACGUCACGCACUUGUUUGAAAAACUUCACUUGGCUGCCCGUGUUCCCAAACUGCGUCAGCAGUGACCUGAAGAAUGUUACAAAUGCAGCUGGUUACUUCUUGAACGGACUUGGAGCAACCAACUCAGUGGCUAAAGACAUAUUUCAAGGAAUUACAAACAGCUCUCUAUCAAGUACAGGUUCCGAUCAAAAUGUAGCUGAUAUUGGUGCUUCCAUUUCGAUUAUAGACACGAUGGCCAUGGCAUCAGAAAAUAUUACCUUGCAAGAGGAAGUCUUUCCUCAAUUUGUUGACGCUGCAAGCAACAUGUUGAACUCAAACUGGACUGGAGUUAAUGACACAAUUCUUCACAAAAUGUCCUCAACAUACCUCAGUUCUGUGGAAAAUCUAGUGAAGAACAUAAACAACAACCAGAGCAGUGGAUUCAACAGCACCAACUUAGACCUCAGAUUCUGCUCAAGCGUUUCCUGUAAUGUGUCUGCAUUCAACAUCAGUGUGAAUCUAAACAUGACCAGCGGAACAAUGAAAGUCGUUGCUGUGAAAAAUCUGAUGAAUAAACUAAACAACGAAUUCCUUCAAACACAGUCCACCAGCCUCUUACUGUCAGCCACACUGGUGAACAGCACUGAUUCAGAGAUUGGGAUUAAGCUGGCCUUCCCCAAAGAGGAGCUAAGUACCAGUAAACGUUACUGUGUCUUCUGGGACACAGAAAAAGGAGACUGGUCAGAUAUAGGGUGCAUUGUCAACACCACUGAUGAAAACAACACCGUUUGCGAAUGCAACCACAUGACUUCAUUCUCUGUCCUCAUGGCCAAGACAAAUAUGAUAAAUGAUAUAUCGACUCCUGACCUAGACAUACUUACCAAGGUGGGCCUAUACUUGUCCGUUUGCUCCUUGAUCAUUUUUCUUUUCAUCGAAUUUCUUGUGUGGCCAGCUGUGAUUAAGACCAACCUGUCACAUUUCCGUCACACAGCUGUAGUGAACAUUGCUGUGUUCCGCUUGCUCGCCGACUGUAGUUUCUUGGCUUCCUCCUCUCCUGAGCAACUCUCCAACAGCAUGUGCCUUACAUUUACUGUAUGUAAACACCUGUUUUACUUGGCCAUGUUCACCUGGAUGUUGUGCCUAAGUGUUAUGCUUGUCCACCAGCUCAUCUUUGUUUUCAGCCCCCUGAGGAAAAGAGUGUUCAUGUUUCUGUCCAGCAUUUUAGGCUAUAUUUGCCCACUCGUGCUUGUGGCAACAAGCUAUGUGUAUUACAAAUACACAGAGAUGGACUAUUAUGAUAGGACCUCCUGCUGGCUAACAUAUAAAAGCCUCUUGGUGGGCUCCAUUCACGCUUUUCUUCUCCCUGUGGGAACCAUUGUCUUGAUAAAUCUCUUUUCCAUGGUGGUUGUUAUCAUAACCUUGAUGAAGACCUCAGUACCUGACAGCAGCAAGGCCAAUGACAAAGAAGCAGCCAAAAGCAUCCUCAAAGUGGUGAUCCUUCUAACCCCGGUCUUUGGAGUAACAUGGAUUAUCGGCUUCUUUCUUCUCUUGUUGGAUAAAAACAACCCUAUGUUCAUGGUCGCCAACUACAGUUUCACCAUCCUCAAUUCCUUCCAGGGUGUUUUCAUUUUGAUAACAGGAUGUUUAGCAGAGCAAAAGGUGAGAGAUGAGCUAAUUAGGAUCAUCAAGGAAAAAUCGGGACGAGGCGAUGACUCCACAAAUAAAUCGGUUUCAACAGCUUACACAAAAUACAAAUGAUGAUGAGGGCAGAGACUGGAACAGCAACCGACAAGUGUGCAGCUCUGCUUGCAUCCCACUUCUUAGAGUUGGAUUAGUGUUUGAUUGGAAACCUUAGACUAUCACAAACAUCUUCAGCAAAAAAAAAAGUUAGAUAUUAACUAAAGCUUGUCAAACAGAGAGA